AUGGGUACCGUGCUGGGUCGAUUCCCGGAAACACUUGUACCCCAAACUAUCGAUGAAAGAGCGCUCUACCAACGUAUUGACGGUUUCAAGCCACCUGCUCCUUUCCAUCUGAAUAAACCGCUAAUUGGGAAAUGUCAGGACGAGCCGAAUACUCGCGAAGCUACUACAGGUUCGCCAAUUUCUGUGAACUGGAAUCUCGCUGAUAACUCAGUGGAGGUUCUGCGAACAAGUCUUGGUCUAAUCGAUGUGCCUUCUGCUGAAAAACAAGUCUCGCGACUAUCGAAAAAGGAUAUGUCCAUGCUUUUCAAAAAGGUCUGCGAAGCAGUUGGAUCACCUGUACCUAAUGGAUUUACAUAUGAAAAUCUCAAAGUUCACUGCAAGCCACACUAUCAGGCAAAGCUGGCUCUAGAAGCAUGGUUGAGAGAACACAAACUGGGAAUGUGGCAAUCAAAACCCGAAGAGGUGUCCAUGUUUACUGUAUGA